UUGAGGAUUUGUCAGUGUAACCUAUUACAAGUCUACAGCAUAUAUAUAUGGCAUAAUAAAUUAUUCACAUAUAUAUACAUUUAUAUAUAUAUAAAUUUAAGCAUAGCUAACUGAACUAUUAAAUCAGCCGUGGUACUCACUGAACACGUUUCUAUUAAAAUCAAAUGCACUUAAAAACAAGAAGACGAAGAGCCAGUUCGGAGAUGGAAAAACCAAUUGAAAGUCGCGUUUAUAGGACAGUAGUGAUAGGAGAUGGAUGUGUUGGAAAAUCAGCGCUGACAAUACAGUAUGUGAGUAAUAUCUUUCUGGAUUUCCACGACCCAACGAUAGAAGAUGCUUACCAGAAACAAACAGUGAUCGAUAACAAUGUUGCUGUUGUGGACAUAUUGGAUACAGCUGCACAGGAUGAACUACAGACCACAUUAAAAGAACAAUGUCUGACGCAUGGUGAAGGAUACAUCGGUGUCUAUUCCAUAGACGAUGAAAAGAGCUAUCAAAACUUACGCAAACAUUUAUUAGAACUAAAAAGAAUUAGAAAUACUGAUCGAGUUCCAAUAGUUAUCGUUGGUAACAAAUUAGACUUAUUUCAAGACCGUCAGGUAUCUACAAUGGAGGGUGUAGCGCUCGCCCGUGAAUUUGACUGUCCAUUUUAUGAGACAUCAGCAGCAAACAGAAUAAAUGUUGAAGAUGUUUUUAACGGUGUUAUCAGACAAAUAAGAAGAGCUAGUGAAGAGAUCGAUCAAUCUGAAGAAUUAAAUAAAAAACCGAAAUUAAAAAGGUUUAAAACAUUUAUGAGUAAGAAGUUCUAUGGAAGUUUAACGAGACUUCCUCAAUCGUUAUAACGAUCAGAUGAGAGUUCGUUCUAUCACGACAUGUGUUCAUUCAACAUGCUAUUUCUUCUCUACACAGUACUUUCAUCAAUUUUUAAGAUGGUAUACUUUGAAGAAUUUAUAAGCCCUAUUUAUUUAUUGCCUUUUUGUACCUAUUUGUAAAUAUGUUGAAUAAAAAUAGUGUUAUUAAGAUUAUAUAGAUUUAAUUCAAAAUAGAUUUUUUAUUUA